AUGGCUCAUAGACAUAUAAUUUCACAAUGCAAGGCAAAAAUUCCACCCUGUGAGACAUGCCAGAGUUUUCAGCAAACUUCCUUGUUUUGCCCAAAAAAUAAAAUUGAAAGCAGCUCGUCUGAAGCCGAAACCCACGGACAGGAAGUCGUAAUUUCUUCCGUUUUAAAGGCAGAAGAGAACCCUGGCAGUUACGCGACCUUACUUCAAACGGCUAACGUCCAGGCAGAAAAUGGUGCCAACAAGAUCAUGGCUAGACUUUUAUUUGAUUCAGGAUCACAAAAGUCCUUCUUGCGCAGUGAUCUGAAACAAGCUUUAAAAUUAAAAUCAAUACGCCAAGAGAAGCUUUUGAUUUAUACUUUCUCGAAACGAGAACCCAUCGAGAAAAUAUUCGAUGUUGUACGAUUCAGAAUAAGGAGCAAAUUUCCCCCUUAUCAAUUCUUAAACAUUGAGGCUUUGGCGUCAGAAGAAAUAACUGGCGCGGACGUAUACUCGAACGUUGACCUCAAACAUGUAAACAGAGUCAUUCCAGCCACCUGCAACAUUUCUGACUCCCUCGAAAAUUCCACCCCUAUCCAGAUCCUGUUGGGGGCGGACUUCCUGUGUGAUGUUCUAAGGGGAGAAGCAAGAAAAAUAAAUAAAAACUUGUUCUUGCAGCCGACACUUUUCGGUGAUACUUUGAUUGGUCAAAUCCCAGACUUGCAGAAAAGAAAACAUUCUUCCGUAUUUACUGUAUCUUGUGCUGUAGUGGAAACUAAUCUGAAGCGCUUGUGGGAGUUAGAUUCUUUCUUGCUCGAUGGGACUUCGGAAAAUAAAUCCAGGGAUAAUUUAGGUGAUUUCGGAAAAGAGCUUAAAAUAAAAAACGGACGAUAUGAAGCACCGUUGCAAUGUAAAACAAAACGAAAUUAA